AUGGUGUUGUCCAAGUUCGAGUCGCUUUCUGUUCGCCCGCCCACUCCACCAAAAGACGUCGAAGACAGCGAUAAGGACGUCGACCUCGACGAGACAGUCCAAUUCCUCGAGGACCCGUUCGGCGAGAGACCCGCGCAACCGAAGGCGGUCGCAAAGGUCGCUGCGAAGAAGCUGCUCAAUACGCCAGACCAGUCGCCGUCCUCAGAUAUCAGCAUACCCUCUAGUUCGGCCAGGAAGAAGAGAGUCAACUUCGAGGUCCAGACAUGCGUCUCCCCGCAAAAGAAGGCUGUCAUAAAGUUGUGGACGCCUACACGUAGCUCACCGCUCUGUCCUCUACCGCAGACACGCGUGUCGCUGCCGCUCAAAUCGAUCCUCAAACCCACGGGCGCAACAAUAACACCCCCGCCGAACGACGAAGGCGCCGCCGCACACCAGUUCAAGUCAUUCGCAGAGAUGCUGGAGUCGAUAGUGAAACAGUUGGCUCAGGGAGAACGCCCUUCAAGGCUAGAUGCGUACCACUCGUUACAGCGCACUAUGCAGGCCUACGAUAGAAUACCAGAUGAGCAGGCGCUUAAGAACAAGAUGUCCCUCUUGACACAAUUCAUUCGGCGAGACACCCAAGCUAUUAGCCCUACGGGCAAUGGACUCGAUUCGCAGCUCAUUGGCCAGGCGUUGAAGCUCCUUCUGGCUCUCUUUCGGAUACCAGACCUGACGGCCGCCAUGGACGACGAGUUUUGCUCAUACAUGGUUGAGCGAACCAUCCAGGUUCUCACAGACGCUUCAGUAUCGAAAAGCGUAGUCAACACACACCUCGCCAUGCUUAUGCAACAGAACUUCCGGCCGAGGACUAUGACUGCAUUACGCGUGGAGAAGAUCAUGGAUGGUCUGGACACAAUACAGGACCGUGUCAAGGGCUUUUCGGUUCAUGCAUACCGCCUGCGCAUCUACAGGAAGUUGAUCCAGCAACGCCCCGACCUCAUGAUCAAGCACACAGAACGGUGGUUCAAACACACAUUCAAGGCAUUGGUUUCAGGCCACAAGGAUAUCUACCAGAGCUCUCUCGACACCGCCAUCGCUGCUGCAAGAACCAUUGGACAUGACCGCUCUGUUGCUAAGUCAGUCCUCGCAGUCCUGAACAAAGUUAGGAACGACGGCGAGACCACUUUAGCCAAGGUGAUGGCACAGGAGCUACAGAAAAUGCUUGAUGGAGACAACGCAUCUCUCGUCCCUCAAAUCUGGUCAGCCGUGACAGGGCUUUUGCGGGAUCAUAUCGAUAUCAAGUUCUUCACUGAUCUGGAGGAGUGGCUGAAAGUGUUCGAGAGAUCGCUGAAGUCUGACAACGACCAAGUCAAAAUCUACGGGAACGUGGCAUAUGGCUUCCUGCUCUAUGCCGUGAACGCAUCUCAAGACACUGCCAAAGGCUGGUCGAAAUUCUUACUGAACAUUCCCUUGCAACAGCUUCAGAGACGAGGGUCGAUGAAGAAGUCUGAGCGGGACGCUAUCUUCUGCGGGUACAAUACACUGCUUUACUAUGCAUUUCGCCCUACUGCUAGUCACGAGCAGCUCGAUCGAUUCUGGAACGAGUUUGUGGUAGGCUUCUGGACCGCUUUGAUACACCAGUCGUCGUCCACACAAGCAGCUCACGCGUGCCGCGUCGUCUCAGCUCUUCUCAAUGGAUCUCGGAACCCAUGGAAUGCACAGAGAGCUUUAGAUCUCAGACACCAGGUCAUGACACAACUCGCCGAAACUCCCCUCGUUGACCCACGAUGGGUUCGCAAAUCGCUUUCGUCGAUUCUCAAGUUUGUGGAGACUUUGCUUGACACCACAGUCUGGUCCAACAACGUGCAACAAGAAGACGACCCAGUCAAAACCAUGUGGUCUGCGGUCCUUGAUUCGUUGAUCGAGGCAAGCAGCAAGGAGGUUAUGGCGUCAACCGAGACUAAGGAUGCUAUGGCUCACAUCGUCAAUUUUCUUCGUCGAGUAUGGGACCGACAUACUGCCCAGCUAGCUCUGCCACAACACAAGGAGGACAGCUGGGCAGACAAGUUCUGCUUCCUAGUAGAGAGUGUAGUGCAGAAGCUCGGUGCACUUCAAUUUGCGGACAAAUGUCUCACUCGAAAUGGCCAAGAUGAGUUUGAAGUUGCAUCAACCCCGUCUUUUCGCUCUCGGCUGCAUGGAGCUCGAAUUUCACCGUUGUUGUAUCUCAUCGAUCUCCUAGUCAACCAGUCGGAAGGCAAGCUUUCGGACUCUGUCCGAUUGCGCGCAAUGAAACUAGUCAUCGAGCCCGGGUUCAACGCUCAAAACACCCGCCUCGGCAAGCUCGAACUACUUCGGGAUUGCGCCACAAUCGUUGAUGGAUCCCUGAAAGUAGUUGUGGCCUUGGACUUCUGGUUGCAGAUCGCAACAUUGUUGAAGGUUUCCAUUGAGCAGCAAGUGCCCGAUUCGAACGAGCGUGUCUCUCGUCAGCUUGGUAAAGAGUACGAUGUCGUCGUUGAGCUUCUCAGUCUAGGCUCGGCCUAUCUCCUGGACCGGCCGCAAGGGCUUGAGGUUCUUUCAGCCUUCGUCAGUACAGUCCGAAAGGAAGCCGGAGAUGGCGCUCUUGUGCUUGCAGUCAUUGAGAAAAUUUCCGAGCGUGUUCUAGCCCGCACCACCGACAAAACCGCAUGCCUGCCCUACCUCAGCAUGCUCCUGCAGAUUCUUCCAAGUAAAACCAUCAGCCGACGUGUUCUCGACCAGGGUAGGCAGACUUUAUGGCCGUCAUCCCCUGCAGCAGGGCGCAAUCACGAUUUUGAUCCUUACAAUCACCUGUAUAGCGUGGUAAUCUCUGUGGGCUCCGCCGCGUACACUAGUUUCGAAGAUGUCGAAUCGACCAAGGGCUUCCUUGUUGCAUUGAGUGCAUCGAUCAAGACCUGUUCGACUUCGUUACUUGCGGUCUACCUGCGCAAGAUCCAAGAAGUGAUUCGGAUCUGGGUUGAGAAUCCUCAAAGGAAGCUGCAGAACAAGGAAUCGGCUUCGAAAACUCUCCGUCAUGAGGUCGUCAGUCUAUGGAGAGAAGUGAGCGAGGCCAUCGAGAGACUCCCCCGCAAGGACAGUCAGGUUCUCUUGCACCUCGAGCCACUGAUCACGUCCGGUUUUGUGAGCCGACGACGUAGUAUCGUCAACAUCUCGAUCGCGACUUGGAACAAGACUUUUGGCAAGGAGGAUAGCCUCCGAUAUCCGCCACGACUCGAAACAAUCUUGCGACGCUUGCACAACUCUGUCGAACUUGUCCUGCCUUCGCUGGACAUCAGGGAUAACAACAUCGAUGCUGAUCUGUCCUUCUGUGAUUCCGAUGAGAGUACCGAAGAGCCUAGGCGGAGCGCGAGGAGUUCUCGUGUCAAAGAGUCUCCUUACAAGAUCAUCAAAUCUGCGCUCAAUUCCAAACCUCAGUCUCCGGCUAUCUCUUCUCCAGCAAGCAGGAGAACUUCCUCCCGCCGAACACCCAAAGUACGCUUACGGCACGAUAACUCACAGAUCCAGUUCGAAGCCGUUGUGUCUUCGCCAUCAAACCCAUUCGUUCAAGAAUCGCAGAUCCUGACCGAAAGGCAGAAGGAGAUGAUCGAACGUCAGAGACUUGCCGGUGGCUUGUUUGCCAACAUGGGCGCACCUUCUCCUCAGCGAGACGCUCCGCCUUCUCCAAUGGAGCUCCUUUCUGACGUGCAGAGUGUGGAUGACUUGCCAACCCGUAAUACACGUACCACGCCACUGAAGGCGCUGGCCAAGAUGGGUCCUAUGGGUGUUUUCCUAGGCUCGUCCCCUACGCCACACGCACGACGCAGCUCGCAGAAGAUUGUCAGCGACGAUACCAACAUCGCGACCCCUACUGCAGUACGAACGGUGCGUCUCGCAGAAGAUCACGACCUCGGUUCUUCACCCCCUAGUUUUGAAAAAGACAACACUUCGAAGUCAACACAGCGUCCGAGCGAAGCUGCACAAAGCUUUGAGGACCGACAGCCCGACAACCUUUACUCUGCAUCCUUUGAUGACGGUACCACAAUGGAUGAGGAGGCCUUAGCUGCUGUGGUGACGCUGGCUGAAGAGGAAGAUCAACUCAACCAUAACCACGAACCCAGCGACGAUAUCAUGUCCGAUGUACCAAGCUCCACGAUCGAUUUGCAGCUCAUUGCCCAAAUUGAUACAGAGAUGCAAACCUCAGAGGCAACCACUAAACCCGAUGAAAUUGUACCGGAAUCAAACAACGUAUUUGUUGAUGCGGCAUCGCAUCCCACCUCGGAAAAUAACGUUCCUGGGACUCAAGACGGAAGUGAUACAGAAGUUGAGCCCACGCCUAGAUCGAUCCGUACUCGUAAGAGCAAGAAAGCAGACACGAACAGCACAAGCCGUGUAGGGGAUUCUCUCAACUCCACUCCCGGGAAGGGCACACCAGGGUCGCAAGACCUUCGACGUUCGACGCGUCACAGUAUGGACAGUCCGAUUCACAUCCAGCUGUCAAGUGUAAAGAAGCAGAAGAAGCCAAGGAGGAAAAAAACAGAAUCUGCUCCAGAGGAACAAGCCUCUUCACCACUUCGGUCCCAGCCUGAACAGGCUGAGAAUGAGCCCGAGACUGCGAUUGCUGCGUCGCGCACAGGGAGGACCAGGACUGCCAAAAAGAGGAAGUCUAUGAACGAAUCACCGACAGUCUCAGAAAGCCCUGUGGCUACUUCUGGGUCAGGACGCAAACGCAACAUGCGUCGCUCGCAGUCGAAUCUUAGCCAGGUCGAGGGCGCGGCUGAUAUCGUGGUAGAAGACACACCCGCGUCCUCCAAGCGAGCAAGGCAGAGUCUAAAUAAGGACGUCAGCGAAGCGAAGUCUACACCACCUCUGCCCCGGGAAUUGCACUCCUCGCAGAGCAAGCGCCUCAGUCACGUUCAGGUCACACUUAGGCACGACAAGACGAUUGCACCUGCCGUAGCGGAGCAGAUCACAGCCUCGAUAGCUACCGUAGCCGACACUGCCCCUGUUACCAAGCAGGCUGCAUUGACACAAAGUCAGAUCCAGUCACAGCAGCAGGCUCCCACCGGCAGCGCUACUCCGAAUCGAUCGUUCGCUGAACGUGUCAUUCUUACCCCAAGAAGUAUCAUCAAUAAAAUCAAGGAGAUCAAGAACUACUUCUUGAAUGCUCCCGGGCUAGUCGUGAGCAGGACGGAGGAGCGCGAGCUUGAUGACGCACUGUUCGAUAUUCGCAGAGAAGUGCACGCUGCUGGGCAAAGAGGAGAGAUGCAGGGCUUGCGAAUGCAAGAAGUGUUUCAGGUGCGUUUCAGGUGGUCGAUGCGGUCGAUGCGGUCGCUGCAUCAUAGUGGGGCUCGAAGCUUCCCUAUGAUGCCCCUCCUUCCUCAACGUCGACCAUCAACAAACGCCACCGACAGCAGCACUCUACCAUUUCGUCGAACCUCACACAUCACAAUGGUUGACCGCGCCAACCGUCCCUCCGCACUGAGCGCACCCAAGAGCUCCGGCCCUUCCGCACAAGUCGACGUUAUCGGUGAGGGAGGUAGCCAGAAGGUCGUUGCAUCGCUGCCCUCUGGUGAGAGCGUGGAAGUGUACCUCUUUGGUGCUACCGUAACUAGCUGGAAGAGCAACGGCGGACAGACAGAGAACCUGUGGGUCAGCGAGAACGCGGAUUUGACAGGAAACAAGCCCAUCAGGGGUGGUGUCCCAGUCGUCUUCCCCAUCUUCGGUCCACCUCCCAAGACCGGCCCGACUUCAAAGCUCUCCCAGCACGGUUUCGCACGUAACUCACGUUGGGAAUACCUGGGCAAGUCGUCGACCGAAGACGCACUAGACACCAGCUCCGUGAAGCUUGACUUCGGUCUCGACCGCAAUGGCAUUAGCGAGGAGCACCGCAAGGCAUGGCCGCUGGACUUCGGUCUGGUGUACAGCGUCACACUGAGCAAGGACACUUUGCAGACGGUUAUCACUGUACGCAACGAGGGAGACGAGAGCUUUGAGUUCCAGUUUCUGCUGCACACCUACUUCAGGAUCAAGGACAUCUCAAAGGUCUCAGUCAACGGUCUCGGCAGCGUGGAAUACAUCGACAAGGUCCUCGACGCAACCACCCACACACAGACAGAACCUACCCUCAAGUUCAACGGCGAGGUCGAUCGCGUAUACAAGGACAUCAAGAUCGAUACCACAAGCAUUCUGGAGGACGGCAAGCCACGCUUCGAUAUCACCCGCGACAACGUCAAGGACACUGUUACCUGGAACCCGUGGAUCGAAAAGGCGAAGGCUACAGCCGAUUUCGCACCAAAGGACGGCUACAAGGAGAUGGUCUGUGUUGAGGUCGGUGCUGUCAAUGGAUGGCAGAAGCUGGAGAAGGGCGAGGUGUUCGAGGGCGGUAUGCUUGUCAAGAGCCACUUGUAG